AUGGCUACAAAUCGUCAAUGUCAUACAUUACACAAUUGUCUUGUACUUAAUUCUACAGUUGCUGGUCUUAUUAUUAAUAUAAUUUAUAUGUGUCAAGGUAUUUAUCAAUUAUCAGAUGUUGGUGAUGAUAUAUUAUGUCGUUUUCGUGGAUUACUUUUACAAAUGGGAACUGGUCUUCUAUAUCAUACAUUGUGUGUUCAAGCAUUUCAUCGACUUUUUGUCACUGUAUAUUCAACAAAAAGAUAUUUUCAAACAAAAUCUUUUAAUAUCUAUAUGGUUAUUAUACAAUGGGUAAUUUCUUGUAGUUUUGGUCUUCCUGUUUUUCUAACUGGUCAAAUGAAAUAUUAUGCCGAAGUUCGAAUGUGUCAGGUAUCAAUAGACGAAACAUUAAGUUCUAUUUAUUUUACUUUAAUCAUUUUUGUCUUUCCUUUAUUAACGAUCAUAUUCAUCUACAUUCAUAUUGUUAAAUAUAUGAAACAAAAUUCCCAUUCGACUACAAAACGUCUUAAUAUUACUGGACAUCAUCGUCAUCAUUCUGAACUUCGUCUUAUUCGUCGCAUUCUUAUAAUUGUCAUUGUAUUAUUCUUACUUGGUUUUCCUUAUGGUUUUUUAAAUAUUUUAAUAGAAAUUCAUGUGAUGCCAUCAUGGCCAUAUAUAAUUUCAAUCGGUUAUAUAUUUAUAACUAUUGGUCAAGGUGCAACUACGUUAAUUAAUUUAAUUACAACCGAUGAUGUAAGAAAAGUUCUAAUAAAUAUUUUCAAAAAAUAUAUUAUUCGAAAAAAUCAAGUACAUUGUAUAAAUGCCAUUAAUGUACCUAAUUUAAUGUUUGUUAAUCAACAGUGUUAA